AUGGCACCUGCAGAAUUGCGGUACGACGGUCAGACAGUGGUGGUGACGGGUGCAGGUGGUGGUCUGGGUCGCGAGUACGCCGUCUUCUUCGGCAGCCGCGGUGCCAGCGUUGUGGUCAACGACCUUGGAGGAAGCUUCAAGGGGGAGGGAGCUGGAUCAGCGGCCGCAGACAAGGUCGUCAAUGAGAUCCGCGCCGCCGGCGGCAAGGCCGUUGCCAACUACGAUUCCGUCGAGAACGGCGAUGCCAUCAUCAAGACGGCCAUCGACAACUUCGGGCGCAUCGAUGUGCUCGUCAACAACGCAGGCAUCCUGCGCGAUGUUUCGUUCAAAAACAUGAAGCAGGCCGACUGGGAACUUAUAUACAAGGUCCACGUCAGGGGAGCAUACAAGUGUGCGCACGCAGCGUGGCCGUACUUCAGAAAGCAGAAGUACGGACGCUUGAUUAGCACCGCCUCUGCGGCUGGUCUGUUCGGCUCCUUCGGCCAGACAAACUACUCGGCUGCUAAACUUGCACUUGUUGGCUUCACCGAGACGCUCGCCAAGGAGGGCCUGAAGUACAACAUUCUGUGCAAUGUCAUUGCGCCUAUUGCUGCAAGCCGCAUGACAGAGACGGUCAUGCCGCCGGAUGUGCUUGAGAAGCUCAAGCCCGAGUGGAUUGUGCCGCUUGUUGCCGUCCUUACACAUAAGUCGAAUACCGAGACCGGCGCAAUAUUCGAAGCAGGUGGUGGUCACAUUGCGAAAUUGCGGUGGGAGCGGUCAAAGGGCGCGCUCUUCAAGCCCGACGACUCAUUCACACCCGGCGCCAUCGCGGCGAAGUGGAAGGAUGUAGUGGACUUCUCGCAACCGGACCACCCCGAUGGUCCGGCCGAUGCUCUGGGGCUUCUUGAGGCUGCGACGCAGUUGUCUCCCAGCCCGAAGACCGAGCAACCCAACUUCAAGGAAAAGGUGGUGCUGGUCACUGGCGCUGGUGCCGGUCUCGGCCGGGCAUACGCCCUCCUCUUCGCCAAGCUUGGUGCAAAGAUUGUCGUCAACGAUCUCGUAAACCCUGAUGCUGUCGUACAAGAGAUCCAGAAGCUCGGUGGACAGGCUGUUGGAAACAAGGCCAACGUCGUUGACGGCGAGGCAGUAAUCAAAACCGCCAUCGACACCUACGGCCGCAUCGACGUACUCGUCAACAAUGCGGGUAUCUUGCGGGACAAGGCCUUUGCCAACAUGACCGACGAGCAGUGGGAGGUCAUCCACCAGGUGCACCUCUUCGGCACGUAUGCCUGCAGCAAGGCUGCUUGGCCGUAUUUCCUCAAGCAAAAGUACGGCCGUGUGCUAAACACUACAUCGACCAGUGGCAUCUACGGAAACUUCGGUCAAGCCAAUUAUGCUUCGGCGAAGUGUGGUAUCCUCGGUUUCUCCAAGUCUCUUGCGCUUGAAGGCAAGAAGAACAAUAUCUUCGUCAACACUAUCGCACCCAACGCCGGUACGGGCAUGACCCGCACAAUUAUGCCCGAGGAAAUGGUCCAAGCGCUCAAGCCUGACUACGUCGCUCCUCUCGUUGUGCUGCUGUGCUCCGACAACGCACCCGAGCCAACUGGUGGUCUCUAUGAGACUGGCCAAGGCUGGGUUGCUGCUACGAGGUGGCAGCGCACCGGUGGUAACGGCUUCCCUAUCGAUGUUAAGCUCACGCCUGAAGCUGUGCUGGAGAAGUGGGAUAGAAUAAAUAACUUCGAGGACGGCCGUGCAGACAACCCCUUCGAUAACGCCAGCGGACUCAAGAGCAUCAUGGCGAAUAUGGAGAACACAAGCAAGGGCAAGAAGGAUGAUGAUGAGAAAGUCGACUACCUCAAGGCGAUCGAGAAGGCGAAGGCCGCGAAGGCCCAAGGCUCUGUGUUCCAGUACGACGAUAAGGAUGUCAUUCUCUAUAACCUCGGAAUCGGCGCCAAACGCACCGACCUCCCCUUCGUCUUCGAAAACAACGAAAAUUUCCAAGUAUACCCAACCUUCGGCGUUAUCCCGCCAUUCAACGCCGUCCCCCCCUACAAUUUGGACGACAUUGUCCCCAACUUCUCCCCCAUGAUGCUUCUGCACGGCGAACAGUUCCUCGAAAUAAGGAAAUACCCCAUUCCCACCGAGGCUAAGCUCAUCACAUACCCCAAGCUCAUUGAGGUUAUGGAUAAGGGCGCCGCCGGCGUUGUCGUCCAGGGCACCACCACCGUCGACGCAAACACCGGCGAGGAUAUUUUCUACAACGAGAGCACUGUAUUCAUCCGCGGCUCUGGCAAAUUCGGCGGUAACCCCAAGGGCGGAAACCGUGGUGCCGCAACCGCUAUACAUAAGCCUCCGCAGCGCGCGCCUGACGCUGUCGUCGAGGAGAAGACGACCGAGGAACAAGCCGCUAUCUACCGUCUCUCUGGCGACAGAAAUCCGCUGCACAUCGACCCCGAGUUCAGCAAAGUCGGCGGGUUCGAAGUGCCUAUCUUGCACGGAUUGUGCUUCUUUGGCAUUUCGGGCAAGCAUGUGCUCCAAACGUACGGACAGUAUAAGAACAUCAAGGUCAGGUUUGCAGGUACGGUACUACCUGGACAGACUCUUCAGACAGAGAUGUGGAAGGUUGGGAACACGGUAGUGUUCCAGACUAGAGUCAAGGAGACGGGUAAACUGUGCAUCUCGGGGGCGGGCGCGGAGCUUUUGGGUGGAGGAAGUAAGCUAUAG